GUCAGUCCUCCUCUGAAGGGAGCCAGGGCUGCUGAGGGGCAGCAGCAGCAGAGGCUCCUUCUUCUUCUUGUUGUUGUUGCUCUGCUCCUUCCUUCCUUCCUUCUUCCCUUUGCCCUCGGGGCAGGCCCAGCACUGGGGCGGCGUAGGGGGUGUGAGUAUGGGGGGAGCCUAGAGCCGCCUCUCCAGGAGCAGAGAGAGAGAGAGAGAGGCAGGCAGCAGCAGAGGGCUUCUCCUUCUCCUUCUUCUUCUUGGUGGCCAUGAGGCGAGGAGGAGGAGGAGGAGGAGUUGCUGCCUGGGAGUACUACUCCUACUCCUAGUAGUAGCAGUGGUGCCUCUGGCCGUGUGGGGCAUGCGGUGGAAGGGAGGAGGAGGCCGCGAUGAGGAAAAGCAGGGGGCUCCCCCGGAUGGUCCUGGCCACUUCCCUGGGCUCCCUCCUCCUCCUCUGCCUCUUCUACUUCCAGAGCAGCCUCAGCCCAGCUGCAGAAGACAGGAUUUUGAAGACUGUCUGGCAUGGGAAGGCUGGCCGAAGCCCACUCCAAACUCUUUACUACAGUGACCAGGUUGAGCAAUCUUCCCUACAGGCCACUCACCAGCACAGGCGGGAACUGCUGAACAGUAUGUGCAGCCGUUACACUCGCAAGCGUCGUCUCCUGACUCCUGAUGACUUGCGCCACCUGGUUGUUGAUGACAUCCACGGGAUGCUGUAUUGCUACGUCCCCAAGGUGGCUUGCACCAAUUGGAAGCGAGUCAUGAUGGUCUUGACAGGGCAGGGCAAGUACCAGGAUCCUCUGGACAUCCCAGCCAAUGAGGCACAUGUGCCCUCCAACCUACACACUCUCUCAGAAUACAGCAUCCCUGAGAUCAACUACCGCUUGCGAAACUACCUCAAGUUUAUCUUUGUUCGGGAGCCUCUUGAAAGGCUGGUCUCGGCUUACCGCAACAAGUUCACCCGCAACUACAACACGGCAUUCCACAAGCGCUACGGGACAAAGAUCAUUCGACGGCAUCGGCGGGACCCCACGAAUGAGGCCCUGGAACAUGGCCACGAUGUGCAUUUUGAGGAGUUUGUGUACUACUUGCUGGAUCCACGGACGCAGCAUGAGGAGCCUUUCAAUGAGCACUGGGAGCGAGUGCACUCCCUGUGUCACCCCUGCAUCAUCCACUAUGAUGUGGUGGGCAAAUAUGAGACAUUGGCCAAGGAUGCCAAUUACAUCCUGCAACUGGUUGGGGCUGAUGCAGGCGUCAAGUUCCCAUCCUCCUCCAAGACCACCAGGACCAAUGAUGACAUGACAGCUAAAUUCUUCCAGAACAUCAGCCCCUUCUACCAAAGGAGAUUAUUUAAUUUAUACAAAAUGGAUUAUUUGCUUUUCAAUUAUACCAUUCCUUCUUAUUUACGCAUCCGAUGAGACUGACCCUCCUACCCUUGCUGUGAUGGACAAUAUAGCACCUAUUGCUUAACAGUGCAGCCACAGUUCUGUCUUUUCCCUCACCCUUAUUUCAGUUAAAAGAAUCUACUGUUGUUCACCUAUCACUUAACCAAAGAUAAUUUUUCUAGCAGGUAGCAGAACUGAAUACAGUGCACCUACGCCAUAUGCAGGCACAUUAUACGCUGUUUUCAGCAUAUGCUGAAAGCAGUGCUGCUUCUUCCGGUGCCAUACAUCAGAAUGAACAAUGACGCAUGCACCCAUGGCAUGCGGGCACCACUGUUGCAGCGCACCACCACGAGCACGAGCCCCAUUACUUGUAAUAGGGCUCGAGCUUAUGUGUUUUUUGUUUUACUGGGGGGGGGGGGUCCGGAACGGAUCCCCCGCGUAAAACAAGGGUGCACUGUACUGGAAUUCUGGUGCAUUGUUAGAAGAUGAGAGAAUAUUCAGAGAAGCAAUAAAAUGUGUAUAUAUUUUUAUGUGUUUGCUUAAAAUUCCCUAAGCUUUUCUCUUCUUCAUCGAUUGAAGAAGGAGGAACGUGAGCCAGAAGUGUCUUAUCGUGAACAGUGUCUUAGUCUGAACUGGAAUUACCUUUGAGAUGAAUCCUAUUUCAUCUCCACUACUCUGCCCCUUCUCAGCUGCCCUUUGGUAUAACUGGCUGUUUUCUACAACACAGUCCAUCAAAAUCCAUUUGUGCUGCAAACUCAGCAGGCAUGAGUAGACACUGCACUGGAGCAGUGCUUAAUAGAUUCUUCUCUUGGGUUAUGUGUCUGUAUUGUGUAUGUGAGUGCCAUAACCAGAAAACUAAUCUCAGAUAUUAAAAUGCAUGUUGACGCAUGGCUGUGUGAAGGAGUAGUUGUGGUUUUCUCUUUUUCUGGGACCAGCACAAUGUGUAUCUAGCCAAAUUAAGCUUUAGAACUGGGUUCUUCAGUUUAAACAUGGAAGUGAAAGCAAUUGAAAAAAACUGGGAUGAGAUGGCAAGAAAUAUUUUGCUGUCUGUAGGUAAACACACUAUAUAGCAGUUCACAUCUGAACAUUUCGAACUCCACUGUUUUCUAGCCAUAAAGAAGGGAUGCCGCAGGGGGUUGGACUGGAUGGCCCUUGCGGCCUCUUCCAACUCUAUGAUUCUAUGAUUCAUGUCUCCCUCAGCAAGGAAGGAAUGUAGAGCAGGCUUCCUACAUCUAAUUUGUUCCUUUUUUAUGAAUAUUAGAUCUCAGUUUGUCAGUUUCUCUCAUGUUACUGCCACGAAUACCCACAUGAAGAAUGUUUGCCAUCCACGCUCUUUUCCAAUCAUCACUCUUUUGAGAGAGUUGUCGGCAAAUAUUUGUGACCCUCCAGAGGUUGAACUGCAGCUCCCCUCACCAAUGGUUGUGCUGUUUAGGGCUGGUGGAAGGUGCAGACAUUUGGGGGGGGGGGGGGCAAAUGUUUCUCACCCCUGCUUUAGGGAACAAACUGGCUUUCUUCUUGGACUGGACUGUUUAAGUUUAGGGUAAAGGAGAAG